CCCUCUCUCUUCGGAGCCGGAGGUAACUUCAGAACAAGUUCUGCGAAGAACACCUUCUGAGAGCUGAGAGGAGUGCUGUUAGUCCAAACUGACUUCAAGAUACACAGCAAUGACAACAAGAAAAAAUAACUACUAGAAAAAUAUAUUUCAAGCUACAUACCUGUGCAACUAAGAGGGGGAUAAGAUUGUUCUGAAAAAAGGGAGGCUUGGGAAAGCAAGCAGAAGGCUACAGCAAUACAAAAACUGUGCUGUUCAGAACGUUAUAUCUGUAAACCCCUGGAAUAAUAUUUGAAUAUAAAUGUAAAAGAAUGGCAAGUUCUCUACCUCCCUAUCUUAGAUCACACACAGGAGAGAAGUUACAUCAGUGUAUGGAAUGUGGAAAACAAUUUAAAAGCAAAAGUAAUCUUACUGUACAUGAACGGACCCACACAGGGGAGAAGCCGUAUAAAUGCAUGGAAUGUGGACAAAGCUUUACUCACUGUGGCAGUUUACGUUCCCAUCUAAGGACCCACACAGGGGAGAAGCCAUAUAAAUGCAUGGAAUGUGGAGAAAGUUUCACUCAGAGUGGCAGUCUACGUUCCCAUCAUUGGAUCCACACAGGGAAGCCACAUAAAUGCUUUGAAUGUGGAAAAAGCUUCACUCGCAGUGACAGUCUACGUACCCAUCAAAGGAUGCACACAGGGGAGAAGCCCUAUAAAUGCAUGGAAUGUGGAGAAACUUUCAGUCACAGUGGAAAUCUACAUUCCCAUCUAAGGACCCACACAGGGGAGAAGCCACAUAAAUGCAUGGAAUGUGGAGAAAGUUUCGGUCAGAGUGGCAGUCUACGUUCCCAUCAAAGGACGCACACAGGGGAGAAGCCCUAUAAAUGCAUGGAAUGUGGAGAAAGUUUCAGUCACAGUGGAAAUCUACGUUCCCAUCUAAGGACCCACACAGGGGAGAAGCCAUAUAAAUGCAUGGAAUGUAGAGAAAGUUUCAGUCAGAGUGGAAAUCUACGUUCCCAUCUAAGGACCCACACAGGGGAGAAGCCAUAUAAAUGCAUGGAAUGUGGAGAAAGUUUCACUCAGAGUGGCAGUCUACGUUCCCAUCAUUGGAUCCACACAGGGAAGCCACAUAAAUGCUUUGAAUGUGGAAAAAGCUUCACUCGCAGUGACAGUCUACGUACCCAUCAAAGGAUGCACACAGGGGAGAAGCCCUAUAAAUGCAUGGAAUGUGGAGAAAGUUUCAGUCACAGUGGAAAUCUACAUUCCCAUCUAAGGACCCACACAGGGGAGAAGCCACAUAAAUGCAUGGAAUGUGGAGAAAGUUUUGGUCAGAGUGGCAGUCUACGUUCCCAUCAAAGGACGCACACAGGGGAGAAGCCAUAUAAAUGCAUGGAAUGUGGAGAAAGUUUCAGUCAGAGUGGCAGUCUACGUUCCCAUCAAAGGACGCACACAGGAGAGAAACCACAUAAAUGCAUGGAAUGUGGAAAGAGCUUCAGUCUCAGUGACAAACUACAUUCCCAUCAAAGGACCCACACAGGAGAGAAGCCAUAGAAUUGCAUAGAAUGGGGAAAGAGCUUCGGUUUGUGUGGCAUUGGUCGACGGAUAGUGGGAGUAGGUCUCACUCAGAGGGGCGCUUUUCUCAGUAUUGCAGCAAGCUUCCAAGGGAUUCACCUAACCUCUUCUACAAGGAAAUCCAUCAAUGGCUUCUAGGAUGAUCUGUGAAGGUUUGCUGAAAUGAACAGCAGCUGAGAUCUCUGGAUAAAAGGGUUCUGAAAAAGAAUAACUCUUUGGUGGAAGAUAACGUCCUAUAUUCAUACUUUUGACUCAUGUCUUUGUUCUACUGCCCCUCAAUUACAAUUUUGGGCUCCAGCCAUAGACCUGUAUCCCUUUUCUGGACUUUGUUGCAUCCUUAAUCAUUGACUCUAAAUUCUGGACUGACUUCCUGGUUUCAUUUAUAAGUACAUAUUGUCUUUUUUUUUUUUUACAUAUCUUUAUUGAGGUUUUCUUAUUUACAUCUUAAAAACAGAUAGAAAGGAUAGAAAAAGAAAAUAGUAAAUAUGGCGGGUUGGGGACUAAGUUGGGAAAAUGGUAAGGUGGGUCGAUGGGGGAGGGAAAAGGGGGUGCG